AUGUGUGCAGAGGUGCAAGCAGGCAUAGCCAACGUCCUCAUCAAGAACGGCAGUGACUACAAGGCACUACAAGCAUCGCUGAGGUCACUCAGAUACGACAUGUUGGAUGUCACACAGCUGUACAAGAAGCAUGCAGAACCACUGCACAUGCAUGACACGUGUUUACGUCUGAUGCAAAUCGCCGACUACAAAGACAGUCAGAAAGUCAAUGAGCUGUGGCAGCGCAUUCUGCUGCAAGGUGUGGAGCCAUGCGACGUAUCGCCUACUUCUAUGGAGCGUAUUACCUACUUCUGUGGAGUAUAUCACCUACUUCUAUGGAGCGUAUUGCCUACUUCUGUGGAGU